AUGGGUAAAUUUACUGGUGUUAAUAGUAAGGCUGUUGAAGCCUUGGAGAGGCGUAAGCAACAAAAAGAAAUUGAGAAUUUAAAAAGAGAGGAGGAGAGACUAAAUAAGCUUUGGCAAGACGACGAUAAAAUAAAUAAAGCCAAAGAGGAACGUAGACUGGAACAACAGCGUAAACAACAAGAAAAACUUGAAAAGAAGGCCGAACUGCGUAAAUUAGCAGAAAGGGAGGAAUCUGAGCUGGUAUCGAACAAAAAGCCCGGAAAGAAACCAGUUGUGCCUAAAGUAACCAGAGCAGAAUGUUUAAAAAAUCAACUCUUACAAUCACAAAAGGAAUCAGUAAAACAAGAUGAUUACGUUAAUUUGAACGAAGAUGAGUUGGUUAAUAAGAAUCAUGAAUUGAUAAAUGAACAAAUAAGCAACGGAAACAUAGAUAUAAUAACAGCCUCUGGAAUCGAUGAUGUGUUAAGCUCAUUGGUAAUUGAAGGAGACCAUAAAUCAAUAAAAACGACAUACAUGGAGUUCCAAGAGAGGAAAAUGGCAGAGCUUAAGGAGGAGUAUCCCAAUUUGAAGUUAUCGCAAUACAAAGAUAUGGUCUACAAACAGUGGAAGAAGUCGCCCGAGAAUCCAUUUAAUACUGGAUAA